UAACCGUCUAUGUUUGGCACGGUUUGUCGUGAUCUGGGAGAAUCUGGUGUUGAACCUGAAGAAACUUCAGUUGGCAAAGCCCUGUAAGAGGAAACGUCUGUUAAUAAUUUGGAUCCCUGCAGUUUUAAUCGCGAGUUGAACUAGUGCUGGUGAGGUAUUUUGAUAACAUUGUUGAGUUUACCUUUUCCUUCAGCGCUUGAACAUUUUUGGCAUAUAGGUACUGUAUAUUGUCAGUGUCUCUUUUAUAAAAAAAAAGGGCAAGGAAAAUUUGAUUUUUGCAAGGACUUUUUUGUUUGCUUUGUUAACAAUGCGCUACUUUUGUCGCUAGAUUUCACACCAGAAUGAAUUCAGUUAAUCAGGUGCUAACUUUUAAACGCGUCAAGUCUUAAUGCAAUCACUUUUGAAUUUUAUAUUUGCUCGCUUGGAACAGGGGGAACUGUUUAUGUUUUUCAUUGUUCUAUAGAUGGCUAAAAACGACUUUUCUCUAUUGUCAUGUUUUAAAUUCAUGCACUAUCUGAAAGUGAUUGAGAAAAAAGUAAAAGUAGAAAGGUUUUUCGAAGAUGUUGGCAGGUUUAUUCUCGGUGUUAAAUAGUUAGUAUGGGAUUGAAGGAAUAGGAUAGAUUGUACGUUAAUGAGUUGCAUUAAGCCUUCCAUCCAAGGGGAGCUACCAAGAACGGAGUAAUAGUGGGCAAGGAGUGGGCAGAGAAAAACACUCGUUCUUCCAGAAUUGUCUGAAUUCAUGUCUAAGUCAACAAGCUGGCUCUGUGUUCGAGAAUUUGAUGUUUUUAAACAUUAAUUGAAACACUUAAAAGUGUUUCAGUUUACAGAACAGCAAAAAGUCAAAGAACGGCGGUGCCGUGUUGCUGAAAGCCAACUCAGCUAAUUUGACUGAUGGUGGAAAAAAUUUUGUGAAUAUAAAGUAGUCUGUCUGUGUGUUUACUAAGCGAAAAGGUCGAAAAUUCUAGGACCUUUUAGGGUAUUUACAUUGUAAAAUGCACAUUUUUAUUUACAUAUAAUGAAAGCAUAGUAAAUCUAUCGGCAAAAAUACACCAAGCUUCAGAAAAUUGUUUGAUAUUUUAAUUUGUUUUGACUCAUCACUAUCCGCUUUGAUCCAGCAACAAGCAAAUGCCGGAAAUUUCUUUUGUCAAGAUAUGACUAAAUUUUUAAAUCAAAAAACAGUGCAGUGGAUCUGGCUGCAAUCCUAAAAUGGCUCUCAAAACAAGUCCAUCAAAACGGCAGUGUUUUUUUUUUUUUUUUUUUUUUUUUUGGGGGGGGGGUCCCGUCAAUACCCUUUUUUUUCGUCAAAAGCCAUGAUGGGACAUUAUGGCACUUGUUUUCGCUUAUUUCUACCCUCUUACUUCAUUCCAAAGCUGCUUUGAAACUGAAAAAAUGACUCCAUAAGGUAGUAGUCAUUGGUUCAAUAAAUGUGUGAGAAUUUUUGGGGUAAUUUUUCGAAAGUUCUUAUAGAGUAAAAAUUGGGGAGAUGUUAAAAGGUCUUAAAACCGUGCGAAACUGAAAAAUUUGAGGUUUGGGAGUGGUCAAAAUUUUAAAUAUAAAGGGGGAUGAUAAGGAGACAAAUACCACAUAGUCCAUCACCAAAACCUCUGGGCUCAUUAGGUUACUAGCUGGUGUAUAUGUGAAUAUUUACUACCCUAUUUUAAUUUUUUCUUCUCAAGUCAAAAUCAUUCCUCUUCUCUUAUAAGGGAGUGCCUCCUCCCAGGCGUUGACGUCCCCCAGGGGCAUACCUUUACCGGAAAAUUGUGCAAUGUAUCCCCAGGAAAAAUAGAAAGCAUCAAAGGACCAAGUACGGGUUAUAGGGAAGAAAGAGAGAGAAAGCGUAAGGGUAACUUAAUCAUAGGGAAACAUGAGAAAAUCAAGUUAGAGAAAAUAUUCCUUUGCUUUGUGAUCCUUAAACUGUCGUGCUGCUCGGUUUAAACAAACCAAUCAGACCCUGGUUUUUCAAAUUUUGAAUAGCGCUGUACAACAGAUAAAUCUCUAUCCAGUGGAUAAGCAUUAAGCAAAUGCAAUCCGGUGGAUAGCGUUAUCCAUCUUAGUUUUGAACAGCUGGGGCCAGGCUUGGUUUCUGUGUGUUUUCCUACUAGAGGAGUGCUAGUCAUUAGAAUUUGUCCUCUUUCCUUGCUUUCUAAUAGUAACUUGAAACUUGUUCUUUAUUUUACUCUUAGAUCAAGUACUAGGUAUCGACAAGAGUAUUGACCAAAAUCAGUUUACGAAACACUCACCCGUAAGCGGAGCACAGCUGUUAAUAUGGAGGGACAGAACAGUACCGGAAGUACAAACUCAACUCCAGAAGCUUUCGCUAAAAUGAAACUUCCAGAACUCACCAUCAUUACGGUGCUGUACUGCUUAUUGAUAAUAACUAUCAUAACCGGAAACGGACUUGUACUCACUUCUUUUUGGGUUAACCGGAAAUUAAGGACUGUCACUAAUACGUUGAUCAUUAAUCUAUCCGUGAGUGAUACUCUGGUGGGAUUGGUGUCUAUUCCUUGCUGGAUGUAUAUCUUUCUUAGCCUCUUUAUAGAGCGUCCUUACACUAAAGCAGGUUACCAGUUCUAUAUCACCAUUGAUAUCUUCAUUGGGAGUGCGUCUAUUCUGCAGCUUACGUCCAUAAGUAUUGAGAGAUGCUACGCGAUUGUGAGGCCUUUACGUCACAGAACGCUGGCAACGCGAGUUUUCUACACCAUGAUCGCGAUUCCGUGGACUUACGCCACCAUGAUAGCGAGUUUACAACCAGUUCAAUUUCAACGCUGGACGGAAGUUUACACGAUUCUUAUGACGACCACGUGUUUUUUCAUACCUUUCGUUAUCAUCCUGGUGGCUUACAUCACUAUAUACGUGUACGCUCGCUCGGGGCCCAUGCGCAAACUUAAACACCACCGAGUCCACAAGAAAGCGUACAAAAACGAGAUAAGAUUAUCAGCGACGGUGGCAAUGAUCACUGGGUUGUUUGUUAUCGCCUGGCUACCACUCUUUGUGGUCAGCGUCAUAGCAACAUACUACCCGCAGGACCUACCCUCCCCGCUGUGGACGGAUCGUCUUCUCAAGUUUGUCAAGUUUUGUCACUAUAGCCACAGCGCUAUUAACCCCUUCGUGUAUGCCUAUAGAAAUAAGGAGAUGAUUAAAACGUUUCGUUACAUUGGCUACAAGAUAAUAUGUAAGGAAUACAGUCUACAACAACCAGUAUCCACCGCCAUGUCCUUGGUCAGGUCAUAUCACAGAAGCACCUUUCAAUCCUCGAGCGGAAAAGAACGGCCUUCGCCGGAAAAUAACAACCAGGCAUCUGAUCAAACAGCGCUUGUCCGGACAUCAACUGUAUGAAUUUUACAGGAUUGAAACUUAAUGGUGCACGGCUACUCUUAAGAGAAACAUUAUCGCGGCGUUUUUAUGAAAAUGUAAAAUGACAAAAUCCUGGCCUGACUAAGCAUACUCAACAACUGCUUCAUGAACACUAGUGGCGUCACAACAACCUUUCUUCUAGGGGCUGCCAGGUGCCCGAGGUAGUUUAGCGAACAGCGCUGUUGUUACCCCCCUUUGCCUUUGAAAAUGGAAUAAGAAACUUCUCUUACACUGAAAAAAACUUCUUCACUUCAACUUAUUCAUCGUGUCAAAUUAGUUUGAUUGUUUGAUUGCUUUUUAUUUGCAAUAGAAAGUAUGAAAGAAUCGCAG